GAUUCAUAGAACAUAAGUGAUGACAAGGAAGGUAAUCAUGAAGAUCCAGGAGUGAGACAUCCACAUCGCAACGGACUGCAAGGAAGAAAAAGAGUGGCAAGGUCUUGAUGAGCCCCAGCUGGAGACCACACCUGCCAUUCUUACCCUGUAAUGAAGCCGUGUUCACUGAAGUCCCGAAGGAUGUGAGCGUUGGGGAAGGAGAGGACGUGGAGAUGGCCUGCGCCUUCAAAGCCCUCAGCUCUGCUCCCAUGUCUUUGGAAAUUCAGUGGUGGUACAUCAAGAUGGACGGCCCCAAAGAAGGACCUGAUGAGCUGCAGAACAGGGCCAAGGGCAGCUUAAGAGAAGCUACAAAAAUAAGUACUGUGCGUGUUCAGGGGAACGCCAUCUCCCACCGCCUCAGCCUGUCCAAAGUGAAGAAGGAGGACGGGGGGGUGUAUGAGUGCCGUGUGUCUGAUCUGUGGGCUGAAGAGGAUCAGGACUUUACAGUUCAUGCUACGCUGACCAUCACUGCGGGAGGCGGCAUGGUGGCAGAGGAGGCUGUGUCACACAUUCAGAACCGCUGGUUGCUAAGGAAUACCAACGCAGCUCUGGGAGGGGGCCAAGUGGGAGGAGUCACUUCCAAACCCAGCCAGGGACUGACAGGAGGAUCCAGGGAAGGGCAGGAGAAGCAACGGGUUCCUCAGCUGGCCCAGUCUGACCUCCUGCCCUCCGUGUCGUCCACCACUACUACCUCAGUGGCCAGGUCCGCCGCCUCCCAGCUGCCAGGGAUCGCAGCAGUCCUCUGGCACAGAGCUUCCUGCAGCAUGAUGAGCACUAUGGACCCUCUCUGCUUCAUCACUCUUCUUUUCUUGCAUAAACUCAUAUUUAUACUGUUGGCCCAUUGAAGAAACUCUACAGAAUUGCAGUUGGGCUUACAGGUUUUUACUUUCAAAACCAAACUGAAACCAAGCAACAAUCAGAGACCAGCAGGGAGAGCCGGGUCCAGCUGUGGGAGCCAUGCACAGAUAGGAGACAGAUCUGCCAUGGACAUGUAGCAGCAGGACCGGUAACUGUUAAGAAUGUGGACAAGAGAAACUAGCUUAGAGAUUAAAGAGAGCAUCAGUACAGUUCCCCAAGGAGCCAGAGCAGCAGAAUGGAUGUGGUCUGCUUCACACUUUCUCAUGUUCUUGUCAGCCUCUCCACUGUGUGACCAUCAGAGGACUGAAAGCCAGCUCUUCAAGAGACUUCCAUUAUUCUUUGUUCUUUGUUCUUGAAGUUUAAUUAGCAUGGCAUAUCACUUCCGAUGUCUAUUUCUCCACAGCUUGAUCAUCGUCACACCUCCUCAGUAAACAGACCUAUUGUUCAAAAUGCGUUUGAGUUUAACGUCUACCCAUUUCUCCACAAAUACAUUUGGUGUACCCCAAUACUCUGUUACAUAAUAAAAACAAAUUUAUGAUAAUAUAUUUUCA